GAGAGAGAGAGAGAGCAGGAAGGAGGGAAAGGGAGAGAGAGGUAGAAGCUCAUACAUCUCUUUCCCUCUCAGUCGGCAGACUCAUCCUCACAGGCAGAACUCGUUCACUGUGUUAUGAUGCAGUGUUGGGAAUGACCCUGCAAGCAGAGUGAAGACGUCCUGUUAGCCACUGUGGGAUUUCGGCAAGCCGUCCGAUGGGAGCGAGAGCGCCGGCAAGCUAGCCGCUGAGUAGAGCUCGGAGACACGCCCUUCGUUUUCAUGUGGUCUUUAAGAGAGGGAAACCGGAUAUUCUGGAGAUGUCAGUAAACCCAUUAACCUGCCGCAGUGCCGUCAGCAGAGGUUGAGCUAUGGGAAACGUAGAGAGUCAGAAUGGGGACCAUGCCUUCUUUGGCGAUGAGCAUGGCCACCUCUCCCGCAAGCACAUGUCCCGGUCCCUCCGUAUCUCCAGCAAGCAGUCACGCCGGCUUCGGCACGCCUCCACGGGCAAGGCAGAGCACCGCAACUCGGAGACCAGCACCAGGUCCAGCAGCACGCCCAGCAUCCCUCAGUCGCUAGCCGACAACGGCCUGGACCCCUACAAUGACAGUGACGUCCUGGGAGAUUUCGGAAGCCCCAUCUGGGUCGACCGCGUGGCAAUGAACCUGCGGCCCGUCUCGUUUCACCACCACCCAGCGGAAACGUCUGCGAAUGCCAACAAGGCACUGGCGGUGACCCCAGACCUGGAGGUGCCGCUGCCCAGGCAGGAGACCUACCUGCAGAGGGUGAAAGACGGGCCGCGGGAAGCUGGCGGAGACGCCAAUGGAGGCUUUAAGCAGAAGCGGUCCAAGUCGGCUGACAUGUGGCGUGAGGACAGCCUGGAGUUCUCGCUGUCUGACCUCAGCCAAGAGAACCUCACCAGCACGGAGGAGAUCAUCGACACCGCCGACGAGAAGGACUUUGGGGAUGUGGACGAGCCGCCACCACCCAGCCCCCCGCCCUCUGGGGAGCUGCUGUCUACUCCCGACCGCGCUGCCUCCCUGGACCGACUCUGCAGCCCAAAGGUCCCUGCCCUAAGGCCCCCCCGGCACCGACUUCCCAAGUACUCCCGGGACGGCAACAGGGCGACCGCUGAGGGCGAUAACAAAUUGUUGUCUCCUGCCGACGAUGAUGGCAACGCCUACAGUGCGUACACGCUGCCCUGCCGCCGCUCGCACUGUCUGUCAGAGAGCCAGCAGGGGGUGCUGUGCGCCACCAUGCAGGUCCGACGGGCUCAGACCACUAACGAUGUCACGGCCGGAGAGGGCAGCGAAUUCGGCGACAGCGGCAUCGACGGAGUGGCGGCGGAGGCCGAGCCCCAGCCGCGGCACUGCAAGGCCAUGUCGGCGUCCUACUCCAUGUACUCGACGGUGGGCAGCAGCAUGUUCGCCGGGAGCGAUAGCGGCAGCAGCAGCGGUGGAGGCGGCGGACCGGGCCCCAGUGACAGCAUCCAGGGCGUGUACGAGAACUUCCGCCAGGAGCUAGAGAUGAGUUCAUACCGGACGGCGGAGUGCCCAGAGGAGGCCGGCUCGGCGGUCAGCGACGAGCAGAGCAGCGGCACCCUGAGCUCCGCCUACCAGUCCGACGCCCUGCUCACCACUGUCCAGGGCACUGUGCGCAAGGCUGGCGCCCUCGCCGUCAAGAACUUCCUGGUGCAUAAGAAGAACAAGAAGGUAGAACCGGCGGCCCGGCGCAAGUGGAAACGCUAUUGGGUCUCUCUCAAAGCCUGUACUUUGUUUUUCUACGAGACGGAUGGACGUUCUGGGAUCGACCACAACAGCGUCCCUAAGCACGCGGUCUGGGUGGAGAACAGCAUCGUCCAGGCCGUGCCCGAGCAUCCCAAGAAGGACUUUGUGUUCUGCCUCAGUAACUCCCUGGGGGACGCCUUCCUCUUCCAGACGUCCAGCCAGACUGAGCUGGAGAACUGGAUCACGGCGAUCCACUCGGCCUGCGCCGCGGCGGUAGCUCGACAGCACCACCGCGAGGACACCGUGCGCCUGCUGCGCUCGGAGAUCAAGAAGCUGGAGCAGAAGAUCGACAUGGACGAGAAGAUGAAGAAGAUGGGUGACAUGCAGCUGUCCACCGUCACCGACGCCAAGAAGAGGAAGACCAUACUGGAACAGAUCUUUCUGUGGGAGCAGAACCUGGAGCAGUUUCACGUGGAUCUGUUCCGAUUCCGCUGUUACCUGGCCAGCCUGCAGGGCGGCGAGCUGCCCAAUCCCAAGCGCCUGCUAGCCUUCGCCUCCCGGCCCACCAAGCUGGUCAUGGGCCGCCUGGGGAUCUUCUCUGUCUCAUCCUUCCACGCCCUGGUGGCUGCACGCACGGAGAACGGGGUGCGGCGGAGAACGCAGGCCUUGUCGCGCUCGUCCAGCAAACGGAAGAGCAGGUUCUCUUCCCUCUGGGGGCUGGAUACCACCUCUAGGAAGAAGACGAAGGGGCGACCCAGUCUCAACCAGGUGUUCGUUGAUGGCAUGGAGCCCGACAAGAAGCCUUUGGACCGCAUGUUCAACUCAUCCAGGGACAGUGUGAAGGAGAAAUGCUCUGUGAAAAACAUCCCCCAACACAAUGCAGACACUGACAUUUGGGUUCCUGACUACCUCACGCCUUCCUGGGUUUGCUUGCCCACCGACCAACCGGUGCUGGCCAUCAUCCAACCCGGGGAGACCGCUCUCGACGCCCUGGAGACCAUCUGCAAGGCCCACCAACUGGACCCUGCCAAACAUUACUUACGCCUGAAGUUUUUGAUCGAGAACCAAGUGCAAUUCUACAUUCCCAAGCCUGAGGAGGAUGUCUCUGACUUGCUCUACCAAGAGAUUGAAGUUUGCUCCAGAACCACCAGGCUCAUCCAGUUCGAGCGGGACAAGUCAUGCCCCAUCGGAUACGGUUUCUCUGCAACCCUUUUGGAAGAGGAAGGUGUGCAGCAGCUGCGAAUCGCCGAUGUGAAGGCAGGAGGCCUGGCUUUCGCUCGAGGUCUGAGGGCUGGGGACGAGAUCCUGCAGUUGAACGGGGAAGACGCCAGUGUCCUGGAUCUCUCGAACCUGCGGGCCGCGUUCGUCCAGCCCUCCCUCUGCCUGACCGUGAGCACGCUGCCCGCGGUGGACCGGCACCUUCUGUGUCACCUGCCUCCACGCCGUUCGGAUGGAGAGGAGCUCCUCACUGACAUCUUCUCCCAGAGCCAAGAGGACAUUUUGGAUGACGGGGUGGCGCUGGGCCCAGGGGACUGUCUGGAUGGCGAGGCAGAGUUCUUUGGUGGCCUGGAGGAGAACCGGAAGAGCACGGAUCAGGUCACCGCCUUCUGCCGCAGCCUCCACGACAUGAAUCUGUCGGAGUUCGCCCCCACCAGCAGCCCCGACUCGGCCCCCCUGCCCCCGGCCGCCACGCCGCGCCAGCUCUCCGACGCCGACAAGCUCCGCAAGGUCGUCUGCGAGCUGGUGGAGACGGAGAGGACCUACGUGAAAGACCUGAACUGCCUUAUCGAGAGGUACCUGACUCCCUUGCAGCAGGAGAGCUUCCUCACCCAGGAUGAGCUGGACGUGCUGUUUGGGAACUUGCCUGAGAUGGUCGAAUUCCAGCUGGAGUUUCUCAAGACUCUGGAGGAUGGGACGAGGCUGGUUCCGGAUCUCGAGAAGCUCGAGAGCGUGGACCAGUUUAAGAAGGUGCUUUUCUCCCUGGGUGGCUCCUUCUUGUACUAUGCCGACCGCUUCAAGAUCUACAGCGCGUUCUGUGCCAGUCACACCAAGGUGCCCAAGGUGCUCGCCAAAGCCAAAACAGACCCCGAUUUUAAGGCCUUCCUUGAUGAACGGAACCCCAAACAGCAACACUCAUCCACCCUGGAGUCAUACCUGAUUAAGCCCAUCCAGCGGGUUCUCAAGUACCCACUGCUCCUGAGGGAACUGCACUCCCUGACUGACCCCGACAGUGAGGAGCACUACCACCUGGAUGUGGCCAUGAAGGCCAUGAACAAGGUGGCCAGCCACAUCAACGAGAUGCAGAAGAUCCACGAGGAGUACGGCGCCGUGUUCGACCAGCUCAUCGCCGAGCAGACUGGCAGCAAGAAGGAGGUUGCCGACCUCUCGAUGGGAGACCUCUUGCUUCACACCUCCGUGACCUGGAUCAACCCCCCCUCCUCGCUGGGGAAGUGCAAAAAGGAGCCUGAGCUCGCUGCCUUCGUCUUCAAAACUGCGGUUGUCUUUGUGUACAAGGGCUGCUCCAAGCAGAAGAAGAAAAUAGGUUCAUCACACCGCACCUCCAUAGCUGAAGACAAGGAUCCCUUCCGCUUCCGUCACAUGAUUUCCACCGAUGCCCUUCAGGUUCGCGCUCUGGGAAGCACAGAUUCUGAGGUGUCGUCCAUGUGCGAGAUCGUCCAUGUCAAGUCGGAGUCGGAGGGGAGGCCGGAGAGCAUAUUCCACCUGUGCUGCAGGUCCCCAGAGAGCAAGAAGGACUUCCUGAAGAUGGUGCAUUCCAUCCUCAGGGACAAGCAGCGCAGGCAGCUGCUCAAGACGGAGAGUCUGCCGCCAAACCAGCAGUAUGUGCCCUUUGGGGGCAAACGCCUGUGUGCUCUGAAAGGCUCCCGGCCGUCUAUGAACAGGGCAGUGUCAGUUCCGUCUCGCACCCUUGGCCGACGCAAGCUAGUGCGCAACCGCUUCACCAUUGACACGGACGUCGUGUUCGACGGCGUCCCAGCUGAGGACCCCUGUGCGCCGUCACGGCCGUGCCCCUCUCCUCCGCAGCAGCCCCAGCAGCUGGCUGGCACCGUUGCCGCCGGCGACACCGACCGCUGGGUGGAGGAACAGAGUUACGAGGCCCGGGAGGAGGAGGUCAAGGAGACGGAUAUUCUGAGCGACGACGAUGAGUACUGCUCGUCGGUCAGGACAUUGGGGCCCAAACCUGGCCCCGAGGAUCCCCUCAAGUCCCUCUCGCUUGAUGGGGGGGAACCGCAGGACACAGGAAACUGCAAAGCCCAGAAGCUGGGGCACCUCAGAAAGCACUGUGCCAUAGAGGAGACGGGCAGCCCGGAGGUGGUCUGGGUACGCAGGGAGGACUCGGGCGUGGGUGCCAACACUGACAUUUUCUGAGACAAGGUGGGGGGUGGGCUCGACAAAAAUCCUCAUCUAGGAGAUGGCGUCGGCGAUGACCCAGACCAAAUCUGCGGCGUGUGUCACUCUGGCUACUCACGAAAUUCCUAGAAGAACAUUUCCUCUUGCUGCAGGAAAAUAUCCCGGAGCCUAACGGCGAGAACGCUUGGCAGCGUCAGAUCUCGGAAUCGGAGCAAUAGUGAACUGGGGCCUUGACAAAGCAAGGCCUUGCGUAGGAGGCGGGGAGACCUCCGGACAAUCACCAUGGUGAAUCGAGUUUCAAAUGGGCGGGAUUUGCACAUGGACUUGGGCAGCUACACUUGUCUGACUGCGAUUCGUUGCCAAAAUCUUUAUUUUUAGAACUUCGGAAUGUGGGUGUUAUUUUUUUUUGGAUUUCUUCCGGACGGAAAGAUGUUAACUCAAGGGCUGUGUUAUUUAUUUCCUCCUGGGGCAGUUGUCA